UCCAAAUAAAAGAGGUGUUUCUUUUGUAAUGCAGAAAAAAUAUUUCAAUAUAUUCUAAAGUUAUAGUGGUAAUUCACUGUUGAGAAUGUACAUUUCCGUAUGUUAAUAUAGUACUCUAAAUAUCAUAUACAUUAUUUGUGUUAAUAUUAAGAAAGGGGCGAAUAAGUCGAAGCAACUGAUAAGUGCCUCGUAGCCAAAAUGACUUCGAUAAUUGAUCAAAUGGAGCAGCACUCCCAAGUUUCGACGAGGUUCCCGGGGCCGGAGCCCAUGACGUCCUCGGGCUUCAUCAACAUGCAGCUGGAGGACAACACGCCCAUGUUCUCCAAGCAGAAGAUGAAGUUCAACCCUACUGACUCGAUCACCCACGUAGCGGUGGCGAGUGAUUAUCUCGUGUUGGCCAUGGCUAAUGGGAAACUGUUCCGCAUGGACUUGAAAAGGCCUGAUCAAAAUGAGGAACUCCAAUAUUCAAAGUUCGUCCAACCAAACACUCGCCUCACCGGAAUAUUCCUCGACCCACUAGGCUACCACCUGCUCCUGGCAUUCGCCGCCAGAAACAAAGAUGGUAACCCCGAACUUGUCUAUUUACACAGAAGAAGCUCCAAACUCAAGUCUGUCACAAAAUCUAGGAACUAUGAAGUGACGGAAGUAUGUUGGAAUAAUGAGAACACUUCUGAGGUUACAACGGGUCCUAUUCUGCUUGGGACGUCACAGGGACACAUUUUGGAGACAGAGUUAGAAGCGGAUAGUGAUAAAAUGUUUACUGCUAACCAGCAGUAUUGGCGACAGAUAUUCGACAUAGUGGACAAAGACUCUAACCCCCCGAUCACCGGCAUACAGUUCCACCGAGUGAACAACACGAACAAGUUCUUCGUGUUUAUAACCACGCCAACCAAACUGUACCAGUUCAUAGGAUACGCUGGCACUACGGACGGGAAGCUGUCUCUUCAGUCCAUAUUUCACAAGUACCUGACGAUCCCCGAGACUGGUAUCCAGGAGAUCCCAUCAUCUCUGAAGUACUCUAAGCUACAGUUUUAUUUCGACCACAACAACGUGCCUAAGACCUUCGCCUGGCUCACGGGCCCUGGAAUAUUCUAUGGACAGUUGGACCCGUCAUCCCAGCAGAACUCCAACUCCCUGUUCACGCAAGCCGGCCUCAUCAACUACCCCGACGACAAAGACAGAGACGACAAGGACAGAGCGCCCCUCUCUUUCGUUCUCACAGAAUUCCACGCCCUCCUCAUGUACCCCGACCGGGUCAAAGCCGUCUCCCUUCUCAACCACGAACUUGUCUACGAAGACAUCUACUCGGAAGCACACGGAAAACUAAAAAAUAUAGUCAAAGAUUUCAGAAAGAGAACCAUCUGGGCUGUCACAGAUAAAACUUUAUUCAGAUAUAAAAUUGUUAGGGAAGAACGCGAUGUUUGGAAAAUUUACUCCGAUAAAGAACAGUUCGAUUUAGCUAAGGAAUACUGCUGCAAUAACCCAGCGUAUAUAGAUAUAAUUAACGUGAAACAAGCUGAAAUAUUAUUCGCUAAAGGCGAAUAUGAAAAAAGUGCAGAAAUAUUCGCCGACACUCAAAGCAGCUUCGAAACUAUUUGUCUCAAGUUUCUAGAAGCUGAUCAGACGAAUGCUUUAAAAAUUUACUUAAACAGGCGAUUAGAAUCUCUAAACGAAGACGAUAAGACUCUAAUAUCAAUGAUAGUAAUCUGGAUUACAGAAUUAUAUCUAUCUCAGUUAGGUAUGCUAAGGCGAACGGGGCAAGAGGAUACGCAAAAGUAUCAUCAACUUCAAAGCGAUUUCGAAGUCUUCCUAGUGCAACCUAGAGUCGAAAAAUGCAUGCAGCAUGUUAAAAAGGUUAUAUACGAUCUAAUGUCCUCUCACGGCGAUAAGCAGAACUUGAUCAAGCUAACAAUUUUAAACGAAGACUACGAGAACGUUAUAGCGCAGAAUAUUUACAAGAAGUCAUACGCGGAAGCGUUAAGCACGCUCUCGACUUUAAAGAAACCUGACUUAUUUUACCAAUUCGCGCCAGUUUUAAUGGAAGAAGAACCCAAACUAACAGUAAAUACGCUUAUCUCUCAAGGGACAAGAUUGAAUUAUCUCAAACUCUUACCAGCAUUUCUUUCUUGUGAGAACGAUGAGGCCCACGUGGGUGAAAUCAUGAGGUAUUUGGAGUUCAUAAUGCAGAACUUCAACGUGAAGGACACGGCUAUACAUAACUAUUUGUUGACGUUGUACGCGGAACAUAACAAGGUGGCGCUCAUGAGGUACCUGGAGAGGCAGGGGCAGGAUGCCGCGCUGGUCAACUAUGAUGUACAUUAUGCGUUGAGAUUAUGCCGCGAGAGAGAGCUGCCCGAAGCCUGCGUAAAACUCUCAGCAUUACUUGGACUGUGGGAGGCAGCCGUCGAACUCGCUUUACAAGUGGACCUGGCCUUGGCUAAGGCUGUGGCCGCUUUACCACCGGAGACAGCCACGCAGCGAGCUCUUUGGCUGACUAUCGCGGAGCACGUGAUCACGAAGAACCAAGACCUCCGAGAAGCCAUGAGCUUCCUCACAGAGUGUCCUCUCCUGAAGAUAGAAGACCUCCUCCCGUUCUUCAGCGACGUGGUCACCAUCGACCACUUCCGCGACCCCAUCUGCCAGUCGCUCCAGGAAUACAACUGUCAAAUAAAGGAACUGAAAGCAGAAAUGGAUGAAGCCACCCAAGCUGCUGAAUCGGUCCGCGCAGACAUCAAGUCGUUCCGCAACCGCAGCGUGUGCGUCUCUGUGACGGAGACAUGCUGCCUCUGCGACAUCGCGUUACUGCUGCGGCCGUUCUACCUGUUCCCGUGCGGGCACAAGUUCCACGGCGACUGCACGAGGGCGCACGCCGUCGACAUACUGAGCCCAGCCCGCCGUAACAAGCUAGCCGAUCUGCAGCGCCAACUGAACGUGCUCUCCAACAUCGAAUUAUCCACCAUCACCAGCAACGGGUUGCCGCUGAGAGAAGUGCUGCGGAACGAGAUCGACGACAUCGUGGCCAACGAGUGUCUCUUCUGCGGCGAGCACAUGAUCAACUGUAUAGACAAGCCGUUCAUCGCUGACGAGGACUGGGAUCGGGUUAUGAAGGAGUGGGAAUAGCCCUGGACCACCGUCACUAGCCCCGCUGAGAGAAGUGCUGAGGAACGAGAUCAACGGGUCGUUCGGUCGAGUCGUUCAACGCUAAUGAGGACUGGGACCGGGUUAUGAAAGAGUGGGAAUAGACCUGGAAGUUACUUUAGUACCUACGUAAACGGGCAUUUUCAUUAUUUGGGACCCCCCAAUUAGCGAAAGUUGUUAACAAAAAUUAACUCGCUGUCAGUUUUGUAACGAUAAGUAAGCAUGAAAUUACAAUAAAAAUAUUGUUUUUGUGUUAAUUACAUAAACUUUAA